AUGAUCCACUUUAAGUUGACUUCUAGUAUACAUGCGAUUUCUUCGCUGCUAUCAUCGAAUAAAAGGUAUCCGGGAAAUGGGGGAGGUCUUGUUAAGCUGGUCGAUUCGCUGGUGCCUUAUCGACCCACUGACUUCACAGAAAUAACUGAGGAUCAUAAUGAUACCUGUAGGAAGAAAUUAAAUCUAAGCUCCAGCGAAUCUAAAAAACUACCUGAGAGUCAUUGGUUUUACAAAGCCGGCUCCUCAUCAAUCACAACGUCCCCAGUUUUUCAGGGUUAUCGUUCCCCGAGGAUCCUGCAUGUGAUGGUCCUUGCCUAA